UUGGAGUACCGCGCAUGCGCAGUGGUCCCCUGUACCUUAUAAAUUUUUAAUGGCAAUGGCUGCGUUUCUCAUCUAAACAUCUCACGCGAAACAACAAACCUAUAAAUACGACAUUUCCUUGCACCUCUGACAAAAGGCGUUAUCGAUUUAGUAAUAGUAAUCGAUCGAUUGUGAUCUACGAAAAAUGGAUCGGCUGUAGAAUUUGAAGAUAGAAGAUCUGUCAUUUUUAACCCUUUGCAUUCCAUGAGCCACAAACAAUCGAGAAGAUGAUACGCCAGGUGACCAACAACAAUGACUAUUGCAUGAGUGGCAGGCCGUCAUGCCUGGCAGAGGAUGGCCGACACCCCACCAGUCACUUUGACCUAUGCACUGCCCAGUCCAACAAGUUCUACCAAGCUCCCCCUCCCUUGCACAUGACCUUGCCCCCUCUGCCCUUGCCCCCUCUGCCCUUGCCCCCUCAGAACAACCCGAAACCAAUGCCUUGUCAGAGGCAGAAUGGCCUCAGUGAACCUCACCCCCAAGCUGUUGGAAUUACGAACAAUGAAAAGCCAGAGGACUCCAAGAAAAAGAAAAACCCGGGGAGGUCUGGAAGGAGAGGAAGACCUUCGGGCACCACUAAAUCGGCAGGUUACAGGACCAGCACAGGGAGGCCUCUAGGAACCACUAAGGCUGCCGGGUUCAAGACCAGCCCAGGGAGGCCCCUGGGAACGACCAAGGCAGCGGGAUAUAAGGUCAGCCCUGGUAGGCCCCCUGGCAGUAUCAAGACCCUGUCUCGCCUCAACAAACUAGGCUAUGGUACGUGUAGCGCCGCAGCAUUCCCCUACACUAUGAUGAACAAAGGCAGCCUCUGCGAACCCUCGUGCAAGGAAAAGGAGACCAACGAGUAAAGUCCUACUUUUCUCAUGGCUUGUUGGAGAAAUAAAAGGCUGCAUGUCCUAAGUGCUGUCAAAUAGAGGGGUUGUUUGUACCACUUCCCUGGUUGAGUGUACAGAUGUACUAUUACUGGCAUGUGCCUCUUCAGUGUGCAUGCUUCUAUCCAAACCAGAUUUCUUUGUAAUAUAGAGUAUAGCUUAUACACCACACUGAGUGGACAAAACAUAAGGAACACCUUCCUAAUAUUGAGUCCCCCCCCCCUUGCCCUCAAUUCAUCAGUGAAUGGACUCUACAAGGUGUCGAAAGCGUUCCACAGGGAUGCUGGCCCAUGUUGACUCCAAUGCUUCCCACAGUUGUGUCAAGUUGGCUGGAUGUCCUUUGGGUGGUGGACCAUUCUUGAUAC